GUGGGGGUGACAGCGGGACAGGCCGCGGCAGCACCGGGCGGGCGGGCGGGGGAGCGGCGCUAGGACCCGGCGCGGCGGGGCCCGCCCGGAUUCCAGGCUGGCUCCCGGUGUGACGUCACGCCCGGUCCCGGCCCCUCGCGCUCGGGAAAAUGCUGCUCUCGGUGCCGCCGCGCUCGGGGCUCCCCGCCUUCGCCUACAACAAGGGCGGCAAGAAGCAGCCCUAUGUGCCCCGGCCCAGCCCCUGGGACCCCCCAGCCCCAGCCCCGCCGGGGGGGCCCCCGGACCAGCUCAGCAAGACCAACCUCUACAUCCGGGGGCUGCACCCCGGCACCACAGACCAGGACCUGGUCAAGCUCUGCCAGCCCUAUGGGAAGAUCGUCUCCACCAAAGCCAUCCUGGACAAGACAACCAACAAGUGCAAAGGUUAUGGUUUUGUGGACUUUGACAGCCCCACAGCCGCCCAAAAGGCCGUCACGGCGCUGAAGGCCAGCGGGGUCCAGGCUCAGAUGGCCAAGCAACAGGAGCAGGACCCCACCAACCUGUACAUCUCCAACCUGCCGCUGGGCGUGGACGAGCAGGAGCUGGAGGCGCUGCUGAAGCCCUUUGGGCAGGUGGUCUCCACCCGCAUCCUGCGGGACCCCCACGGGGCCAGCCGGGGGGUGGGCUUCGCACGGAUGGAAUCCACGGAGAAGUGCGAGGCCGUCAUCACCCACUUCAACGGGAAAUUCAUCAAAACCCCCCCGGGCACUGACACCCCCUCCCCAGCCCCCCCAGACCCCCUACUCUGCAAAUUCGCUGAUGGGGGGCAGAAGAAGCGGCAGAGCCAGGGCAAGUUCGUGUCCAACGGCAGAGCCUGGGCCCGGGACAGCGACGCGGGCACCGUGACCUUGGCCUACGACCCCGCGACGGCGCUGCAGAACGGGUUUUACCCGGCGCCCUACGGGCUGGCCCCCGGCCGGAUGCUCCCCCCCGCCGCCCUGGCCCCCUACCUGCCCUCCCCAGUGUCCUCCUACCAGGUCCACGGCCCCACCUGGAUGCACCAGUCCUACCUCGUGCAGCCCACGGGCGCGGUGCUGGCCCCCGCCGUGGACCACGCUGUCCCCCUCCAGCCCUCCGUGGUGGCCCCCCUGGCCCAGCAGCUCGGCCACCUCUCUCUGGGCAGCGCUGGCACGUACGUCCCCGCUGCCGCCGCCGUCCCCGGAGCCUUCAUCCCGCCGUACCCGCCGGUGCCCCCCGCCCUCCCGCUGGAGGACGGCGGAGCCGCCCCGACCCACGGCCCCAUCGAGUCCCCGUCCGAGCCCGGCGCCUUCCCCUACCCCUACCCCAAGUAGCGGCGGGGGGGGCCCGGCCCGAGGGACCCCCACCCACCCAAAUCCCCCGGGAGGGGCCGCGCCGGGACCCCCGCCCGGCCCGAGGGACCCCAGACCCACCGGGAAAGCUCCGAGCCCCUCCCGGGGGUCCCUGAGCCCGGG